GUCAAAGACGACUUGUCGGUCAGCUGGCAGGAAAGGAGCAUUACGAACAAUACUUACCUACGUACCGAACUAAGUACAGACACAAAUUGGGCGAUAGUCUAUUGGGGGGGACGGACAUUCAUUCAGUCAUUCGCUUGAGAUUGAAACUGAUUGAAGAUUGAAGAUGCUUACCAACGGGCUGAGAGUGGGCGGACCCCUUCUGGCUCGAGCUAGUCCCGUUCAUUGGCUGCCAUACCCCCAUCGGGCGUCCAGGACUAUCGCCACCUCGGCCACGUCACCCGCGGCCCAUUUCACCUACGUGCCCGAUGCUCAACCUCCUUGUUCAGGUACCACCGAAAAGAUGACCUUGCUCCAAUCUGUGACCAACGCCUUGGAUUUGGCUCUGGAAAAAGAUCCCACAGCCGUCAUCUUUGGCGAGGACGUGGCAUUUGGCGGCGUUUUUCGCUGCACGGUUGGUCUCCAAGACAAAUAUGGCAAAGACCGUGUUUUCAACACACCCUUAUGUGAGCAAGGCAUCGCCGGUUUUGGCAUAGGUAUGGCGGCGGCCGGAGCCACGGCCAUAGCGGAAAUUCAAUUCGCUGACUACAUAUUCCCCGCAUUUGAUCAGAUUGUCAAUGAGGCUGCCAAAUAUCGGUACCGUAGUGGUGGGAUUUUUGACUGUGGUAGCUUGACAUUUCGAGCCACUUGGGGUGCCGUCGGUCAUGGGGCCUUGUAUCACUCACAAAGUCCGGAAGCUUAUUUCGCCCAUACGCCAGGAUUGAAGGUCGUUAUUCCAAGGGGUCCGGCAAUGGCCAAAGGUCUCCUCCUCUCAUGCAUUAGGGAUAAAAAUCCGUGCAUUUUCUUCGAACCGAAGAUCUUAUACCGCUCGGCAGCUGAGGAAGUGCCCAUCCAUGAUUAUGAAUUGCCUUUGGGCCAAGCUGAUGUGUUGGUUCAAGGGACCGACGUGACUUUGAUAGGAUGGGGUACCCAAGUUCACGUUCUGCGCGAGACUGCACAACUGGCCGAAACCAAACUGGGUGUUUCGUGUGAAGUCAUUGAUUUGGUGAGCAUCCUGCCCUGGGAUAGGGAGACCUUAUUCAAGUCUGUCGAAAAAACGGGUCGAUGUAUUAUAGCUCACGAGGCUCCGCUCACCAGUGGAUUUGGGGCCGAAUUAGCUGCGUCUAUUCAGGAGGAAUGCUUCCUUCAUUUGGAAGCUCCGGUGCAACGCGUGUGUGGUCAUGACACGCCAUUUCCCCUGAUUUUUGAACCAUUUUACUUGCCUGAUAAACUACGGUGCUUGGAGGCCAUCAAAAAAGCCGUUAACUUCUAGCUCCAUCGGGAAUGCAAAAAACAUGUGGCAUAGUUGUUGGGUUGCCACUACAAUGAUUCUUCCAGGAUUUCACUAAGCAAGCAUCUAACCUCCAGAGUAAUUCGUUGUAAAAUACUACUUUUUGCCGAUCGUCUCUAUCCAUGUAUGCCCAGUGAUUGAAUUGAUUCGAAAAUAUGAACCAAAAUCAGUUGAAAGGA